AUGAAUUCAAAAGGGAAGUGGAAUGAACUAAAAUCAUCACUCUCGGAUUAUGUGUACGAGAACAGAACCAAAAUUUUUGACUCAGCAAUGCGUGAGGCAAAAAAUAUCGAAAGGGAAAUAUUCAAAGAUUCCGUCAAACCUCUUAUCCGAAAAGGGGUAAUUCGAUUAAUGACCGUAACUAUCCUAGGCGACAGUGCCUUAAUUUGUGAUUCUGAUAAGGUCGGGGCCCCUACCACCGGUACCGAGAUGGAAAAGACCAAGUUCGAACAAGUUUCAAAGAAAUUGAGAACGUUCGAGGAUGAUGAUGGAUUUUGUGACGAAGUUUUGAG